AUGGCCUUUAACAUAACCUCCGUGAAAACUUCCUCUAACGGUGCAUGGCAAGGCGACAACCCCUUGAACUUCGCCUUUCCAUUACUCAUCGUCCAAACGGCGCUAAUCGUCGCCGUCAGUCGCUCCCUCGCCGUUCUCUUCAAGCCCCUUCGCCAACCAAAAGUCAUCGCCGAGAUUGUCGGAGGAAUCUUGCUAGGACCAUCUGCUUUAGGUAGAGACCCGGCGUAUAUGGACCGUAUAUUCCCGGACUGGAGCAUGCCGAUACUCGAGUCGGUCGCGAGCAUAGGCCUCCUCUUCUUCCUCUUCCUCGUCGGUCUCGAGCUCGACUUAUCAUCCAUACGUCGAAGCGGAAAACGUGCUUUCGGAAUCGCAGCCGCCGGAAUCACACUCCCGUUUCUCGCCGGCGUAGGCGUCUCCUUCGUGAUCCGCAACACUCUCUACACCGCCGCCGAUAGACCUGGAUUCGUUGAGUUUAUCGUUUUCAUGGGAGUCGCUCUCUCCAUCACAGCUUUCCCUGUGCUCGCGCGUAUCUUAGCAGAGCUCAAGCUUCUCACGACGCAGAUUGGAGAAACCGCGAUGGCUGCAGCCGCUUUCAACGACGUAGCCGCGUGGAUUUUGCUCGCUUUAGCGGUUGCGUUGGCGGGAAACGGCGGGGAGAGCGGUGGGGAGAAGAAGAGUCCGUUGGUGUCGCUGUGGGUUUUGUUGUCUGGUGUAGGGUUUGUUGUUUUUAUGUUGGUUGUGAUCCGACCCGGGAUGAAAUGGAUCGUUAAACGCGGAUCUCCCGAAAACGGCGCCGUAAGGGAGUCUUACGUGUGUUUGACGUUAGCUGGGGUUAUGGUUUCCGGUUUAGCGACAGAUUUGAUAGGGAUUCACUCGAUUUUCGGGGCGUUUGUUUUCGGUUUGACUAUACCGAAAGAUGGAGAGUUUGGUCAGAGGUUGAUUGAACGGAUUGAGGAUUUUGUGUCCGGUUUACUCUUACCGCUUUAUUUCGCGACGAGUGGAUUGAAAACUGACGUGGCGAAGAUCAAUGGAGCUGUGUCGUGGGGGAUGUUGGGGCUUGUCGUGGUUACGGCUUGCGUAGGAAAAAUCGUCGGAACUUUUGUUGUGGCGGUGAUGGUUAAAGUUCCGGCAAGAGAGGCUUUGACUUUAGGUUUCUUGAUGAACACGAAAGGUUUGGUGGAGCUUAUUGUACUCAAUAUAGGCAAGGAGAAAAAGGUGCUAAACGACGAGACGUUUGCGAUACUGGUGCUAAUGGCACUCUUCACCACGUUCAUCACGACGCCGAGUGCAAUGGCCAUUUACAGACCGGCACGUGGAAUCCACCGCAAACUAAAGGAUUUGUCGGCGAGCGAAGACUCCUCCAAGGAAGAGCUUCGCAUACUCGCCUGCCUCCAUGGUCCUGCUAAUGUCUCAUCCCUCAUUUCUCUCAUCGUGUCCAUCCGAACCACAAAGAUAUUGAAGCUAAAACUGUUUGCCAUGCACCUCAUGGAACUAACAGAGCGAUCUUCAUCAAUCAUAAUGGUGCAAAGAGCCCAGAAAAACGGUUUUCCUUUCGUCAACCGUUACCGUCACGGCGAGUGCCACAGCAGCGUUAUAAGAGGCUUCCAAGCCUAUCGCCAAUUGGGACGAGUCGCGGUCCGGCCUAUUACCGCAGUUUCUCCUUUACCUACAAUGCACGAAGAUAUUUGCCUCAUGGCAGAGACCAAGAGGGUCACAAUGAUCAUUUUACCUUUUCAUAGAAGAUGGAACGUUGAUUAUGGUCAUGGACACAACCACCACCAAGACGGAGGAGAUGUAAACGUAGAGGAAAACGUUGGUCAUGGUUGGAGACUAGUUAACCAGAGGGUAUUGAAGAAUGCGCCGUGUUCGGUGGCGGUUCUUGUUGACCGGGGGCUUGGGUCUAUUGAGUCUCAGAGUUCGAGUCUUGAUGGGUCGAAUGUUGUUGAAAGGGUUUGUGUGAUUUUCUUUGGUGGGCCUGAUGAUCGUGAGGUUUUAGAGCUCGGCGGGAGGAUGGCGGAGCAUCCGGCCGUUAAAGUUACCGUUAUGAGGUUUUUGGUGAGUGAAACGCUGAGGAGUAACACCAUCACGUUACAUCCGGCACCGUCUAAAUGCAAGGAGAAGAAUUAUGCCUUCUUGACAACCAACGUAGAUCCCGAAAAAGAAAAGGAAUUAGACGAAGGAGCAUUAGAAGAUUUCAUGAACAAAUGGAAAGAUAUGGCGGUAUACAAAGAAAAGGAACCAACCAACAUUAUUGAAGAUAUACUGUCAAUAGGACAAAGUCAAGACUUUGACCUUAUAGUGGUUGGAAGAGGGAGGUUACCGUCCGUGGAGGUGGCUGCGUUAGCUGAACGUCAGGCCGAACAUCCAGAGUUAGGUCCUAUUGGGGACGUGCUUGCCUCUUCGAAUAACCACAUCAUCCCAUCAAUCCUUGUGGUUCAACAACACAACAAAGUUCAUGUAGAGGAAAUUACAGUUACCAAAGUUGUUAAUGAGUCUUCUCUAAGUAAUGAUGGAGAUGCAAAUGUAUGA